CUGUUUACAGUGGCGGGUUAUCCCUGGUUUGGUUUUCUCUUUAGUACGUCUGUUUAUCCGCUUACACUCGCGGGUAACUAAGCACCCGAGCACCACAGCGACUUUGUUUGCGACCGAGCCCGUGUUCCGGGUGGUGCCGAGGCCCCGGAGCAGUGGGUGGCGGGCCAGCGAGGCUGCCCCUCACGCUGCCGCAGACCGAGUCUCGCAAGCCACCCGUCACCGUGUAUGUUUCGUUUGGAAACUGCAGUUAGAGUCGAUGUUUGAAGCUUGCGAUAUUUACAUUCUAAAAUUUCAUGAAGCUACAGGACUUUUGAAGGGAUCCAGAUAUGAGCUCCCUGCCGCCCUGCCUCGGACACCAGCCUUGACUUCAUUAUCGGUCAGAACCUUCGUACAAACCUUGCUCAUCAACUUCAUAAAAGAUUUUUAUACACACUCUUCCGGUUGUCUGUGUUUUCACAGUGGAAGAUAGGAAGAAAUGUGCGUGAUGUGAUGAUAGGAUUCCUUACAACCCACGCCACAACUCCUCCUAACUCAGCAUGUUAAGAAACAAGGACCAUUCAUCUCAAAAGAGUAACUUAGCAGUCACCGCAGUUGCUUUACAAGAUCACAUCUUACACGAUCUUCAGCUUGGAAAUCUCUCAGUGGCUGGUCGUCUCCAGACAAACGUACAAAAGAAAGAGAACAGGUCAAAGUCUCUAAAAAGAGAUGCAAAAGCAGUAAUAGAUACUGGACUUAGAAAACCUCCAGAGGACCCCAAAGUAGAAGAUCCAGAAAAGGAAUAUGUCCUGGAUCCUGCACCACCACCAUUAACUUUAGCGCAGAAGCUGGGCCUCGUCGCACCUCCCCCGCCGCCGCUGUCGCCCGCCGAGUGGGACCGAGUGAAACAGAGGUCGGUGCUGCACGGCGACUCCGCGCAGCCCUGCCCCGUCUGCAAAGAAGACUUCCAGCUCCAGCCGCAGGUGCUGCUGUCCUGCUCGCAUGUGUUCCACAGGGCGUGCCUUCAGGCCUUUGAAAAGUUCACACAUAAGAAGACCUGUCCUCUCUGUAGAAGGAACCAGUACCAGACCCGGGUGAUCCACGACGGGGCCCGCCUGUUCAGAGCCAAGUGUGCCGCGCGAAUCCAAGCUUGCUGGAGAGGUUACGUUGUCAGAAAGUGGUACCGAAGCCUGAGGAAAAUCAUACCUCCCACCGACGCCAAGUUACGGAGAAAAUUCUUUGAAGAAAAGUUCCUGCAGAUCAGUCACCGCAUACUGUGCUCCUACAACACCGACAUAGAAGAGCUCUUUGCAGAAAUUGACCAUUGCCUGGCCGUAAAUCGAGGCAUUCUUCAGCAGCUGGACGAAAAGUGUGGCCAUGAGCUCACAGAUGAGGACUGGGAGAGAAUCCAAGUGCAGGCCGCUCACCGUGAGAUCUCUGAGUGCUCCAUCUGCCUGACCCCGCUCGGGCUGCAGGGAGACGGCCGGCAUCCACGAGCCACCGUCCUGCUGUCCUGUGCACACCUGUUCCACCACACCUGCCUCCUGGCCUUGGAGGAGUUCUCACUGGGAGACAGCGCUCCUCUCCAUGCCUGUCCUCUCUGCCGGGCCUGCUACCAAAAGAAAAUCCUGGAGUGUUGACUUCAUGCUCAGGAAAACUGGUUAAUUCUGAGGGAAAAAAGCUUACCUGGGUUUUGGAUGAACUGUGUGGGUUUAGGGUUAAGUCCCACAUGUGUUCUGUUCUCUGGGAACACAUCUCUUGGCAGGUAUAUCAUAUAUAGGAAAUGUAACCAGAUUUUAAAAGCUGACAACCAACCCCUCUAGUUUUAGCCUUUAGUCUAUAAAAAAUAAAAACAAGUUCCAGAAUCAUGA